GGGCCAUGUUCCACUGGGGCAACCAGACAGGCGGCGGCAUCGACUGGAGUUGGGGUUGGAACGGCACAGGCAUCGGAAGUCUCUGUUGGUCAGCCUGAAGCAUGCGCAUCCGAGGGCGAAAUCUAGUGCCGCUGGCGGUUCGGGCAAACCUCUUGGUCAAGAUG